UGAAAAAUUUUCCAUAUUUUCUGAUUCCCACUGUCACCUCGUUCGUAGGUGAAAAAGUAUAACGUCGAAACGAUGUAACGACGGGUACGGGAGAUGAGCUCGUUCUCGCGGCGAUUCUUGUGUGAAAAACGGCGAAUAACCCCGAAAAAAAGCUUAUCACGGAGCGCGAUAUUUCCGCAGACAUCUUUAUUGGAGAGGAAUCAAAAAAGCCGUCAUGUUACCAGAGAAAUAGUGUCACGUCAUCGUUCGAUGAUUCGUGUACGAAUGGACAGAUGAUCAACUGUACGAUGUCAUCGAAAACUCCGAACACACCAGAACAUAACUUUUUUAUUUUCUUGUAUAACCUCGACCGAUCUAAUAAAAAUUCAUUAAAUCGUAAAUAACGGAAAAAUAACUGUUUUUAUUAAUAUAAGAAUUUGUGAAAAAUCAUUUAUUCUUUAUCAUCAUUUAUUUGUCAUCAUUUAUUCUUGAUCGUUGGAGCUGUGUUUGGUGCGCGCAAUUCACUGCAAUAUAUACAAACGAAGUAAUAAAACAACUGACACACAUAUGUGGAACACACGUAUAAGGUUUUGAGGUUAGGAACUUCUUUCAGAGCGGAAUCGUGUCGCUUCAACAAACAUGUAUUUCGGUUUAAUGAGAACAAAUAAAUAUAAAUAAGAAAUUCAACAUUGUACCGGGAUCACCAUCAAAAUAUGUGACAUUCUGUACAUUUAAAAUGCAAAAUUCAAAAAAAUCGAAAGGUACAAGUUGUCGCAUAGAUUGUGUCGGUCGUAAGGCAAAAUUUAGCGAUGCCAAUAACUCGAAUAAAUGUCGUGCCAAGAGAAAUAAGAAAUACCGAAUAAAACGCCAAUAUCUCGUUUACGAGCCGGAAGAGGAGAUAUGGCACGAGCCUUACAUGCAAUCUUUGAAAAAUCAAUUUUCACCGACAUCCGUACAAUGUGACUCAAAUAUUGAAUUUCCCUGGCAAGAUAUUGCGGUUAUGGUCGUUGACGAUAAGAAGACACGAGACAGUAAAAAAUGCGAUGAAUCAGGGCUGCUCGAUGGCGAAGCCUCGAAACUAAGAAAAGCAGGUUCAACAGGACUCAUGAAAUUACCUUGGGAGGAUUUGGUGAUCGGGGAGGGGAUUUCGAACGUCCGAGACCGUAAAAUUAAUGAAAUUGCUACCUGUGACUCGUCCUUGGAAAUUCCCUGGAGCGAUUUGAUUCUGGAGGGGACUUUAAAAAUCGAGUCAUCGUCGGAAGUCGAAUCCUGUAGGGGAAAUCAGUUCGAAGUACCAUGGGACGCCAUUUUGGUACCGAAAAACCUUAUUAUCGAGCCCCUCGCCACUAAAAAACAUCCGUCUUCGAAAAUACCCUCGAAAAAAUAUAGAAAAAGAACGGAACAUCGACGCUGCCCUCCGGAGUGUUCCAAAAAUAAAUAAUUGCUUAAUUUUUCAGAUUUUUUCAAAAUAACCAAAUUUUUUGUGUACUCAUUAAAAAAAAAAAACCAAACUCGAUUUUGCCAAAAAUUCCCU